AGCUGGAGCAGUGUAUCGAAUGCUAUCCCUAAUCGCAACAACAAGGACUGCCGCAAGCGUUGGUGCAAGCUGACAGGGGCCAAGAAGGGCCUGUGGUCCUUAAACGAGGAUAGAAGGCUCAUGGAGGGCGUGCAGAAGCACGGAAAACAGUGGACCCUGGUUGCGAAGACCGUAGAAACCAGGAAUUCGGACCAGUGCGCAAAGCGGUGGCAACACUGCUUGGAUCCGUCGUUGGACCACAGUGUAUGGACAAACGAGAAGGAUGCCCAGUUGCUUGCUUCUGUAGAGCACUACGGCACUAACUGGAAGGACAUCAAAAGAUUCGUUUUUCCGAUGCGUUCGACUACAAACUUGAAGAACCGGUACGUCACACAAAACUUGAUUUGA